GUGCACAGCGCGGCGCACGGCGUGGUCUUGCGCACGGCAGGCAGGAGAACGUCUGCGUGCCAAAUCAACGCCAAACGGACAGGGGAGCAACCGGCUGUAGACUUUGCUUGAGCCCAAGGGGGCAGCCUGACGAUGCCUGUCGCCUGGGUCCAGAGCCGGCACCACAACUACAAAAUCAAUCCCGAGCCAGCGCCGCCGCCGCCCGCACCAGCCCCAAAGCCGCCGCGUUACACGCUGGCCCCGCCGGACGCCGACUACGUACUCGUCAAGUCGCCCGACGCUCGCCGCCGCAGCGAGAUCGCGACGCUCGCGCGAAGCAUCGAAGGACUGCACGCGGUCGAAGUUGAAACGACCCAUGACGCCCUAGACGUGUUGCGCGAGGCGCCGAAGCCGCCGGUCGUCGCGCUCGUUGACGCCUACGACGAAAACGACGAUGGCGAGCUGGAUCAAGACGAGAUGUCCUGGCCGCUGCUCCGUACCAUACAACGGCCGUGCAAGCCGUACAGGGAUGAUAUCAGGCAAACGUUUGUGGUCUUCGUCUCCAAAACGGUGCAUGAAUCUCCGCGGCAUACCUUGGACGUGCUUAGUGCAGGGGCACGGAUGGUGACGUCUGAUCUGGAGGAUUGUCGACGCGCGCUGAAACUGGCGAAGCUUUCGUCGGUCCCGCGCAAGACGUCGUCGGAUGGCGUGACGUGUCCCUGUUGCGGCCUCUCGGGCCUUAAUCCGGCCCAACUCUUUGCCCACUACUCGCUGAUGCAUGUGACGGAGCCCUCGCCGAACGCAGAUUGCCCUCUAUGUGGUGUAGUGUGUCGGGCUGGCAAGGGCUUCCUCAACUUUGCCGCGCACCUGGAGGAGAGUCACGAACCGGAGGGAACUGAUGAGAACGACGACGGCUUUCUCUCGUCGGGCGAGCUCGACGCGAUGCUGAACAGGGACGACGUCUCAGUAGCUAGAGGACCGGUUUACGAGCCGCCGGCGGAGGAAAUUAAGUACGAGUACAAGCCGCACUCGGCCUAUGCGUUGUUGGUUGUGCGAAGGCCGUCCGAUGGCAAAUAUCUGGUCGUUCUGGAGUCCUCGCACACGGCAAACUGCCAGGGCUCGUGUCGCUGGUGGAUCCCGGCGGGUAAGGCCGCGCCGGGCGAGACGAUGGCCGAAGCCGCGGUCGCCUCGUGCAUGCGAGAUACGAACGUGAAGGUGAUUCCAAAGGGUAUCAUCCGCAUUCUCCUCGAGCCGUCGGACAACGCCUCGAUUCGGAGCGUCCUCUACUGCGAGCCGGACGAAGUGCAGCCUCGCAAGAUGAAGGCCGUGCCGUCGUUUCAUUCCGCGGGCGCGGCUUGGGUGACGGCCGACGAAUUCGCGAUGGAUAUCUCAGGCAAGGAGUGCCGCUCAGGCGACCCGAAGGUCCUCUUCCCAGGAGUAUCGAAUGGUUCAAUACCUAUAGAGCCGUUCGGCAACACCUGGAACGCUCUGGAAGCUUUAGUGGCCAAACUCGGCCGAACGCCCCCGAGCAAGGAGUUGGACGAGAUGAGACGAGGUCCCCUGCAGGAGCAGUGGGUCGCGAUCUGCAAGCGCUACCCGCUCAUUUCCUUCAAGGAGAAGGACUUCAUGGCGCGGAGUUCGAAGCGGUAAUUUGAUAAACUUUAGAUAACUAG